CGCAGUUAGUCGACAAUAAUCAAUUUGCCGGAAAGGAAGAAAAAAUGUCGCGAAAAUUGUUAAUUUUGUACGGAAGUGAGACGGGAACAGCUCAAGAUUUUGCUGAGCAAGUGUGGCGGGAGUCAAAGAGAUUCUUUUUCACCGGUCCAGUGCUUCCGAUGGAUGCCUACGACGUGAGAAACUUGGUGGAUGAGGAGCUCGUUGUUUUCGUUUGCUCCACAACUGGUCAAGGUGAGGAACCUGAGAAUAUGCGCGGGUUCUGGAAGUUCCUGCUGCGAAAGAAGCUCCCGGGGGACUCUCUGCAGAACAUGAGAUUUGCCGUGCUGGGAUUUGGAGACUCCAGCUAUGUCAAAUACAAUUUUGUGGCCAAAAAACUCCACAAGAGGUUACUUCAACUCGGUGGAGUUGCCCUGAUGGAAGUUGGGCUGUGUGAUGAUCAGCACGAUAUGGGACCAAGUGCCACAUACUUGCCGUGGCUUGAGAAGCUUUGGGAAAAGAUGCUGACGAUUAGUCCACUGCCAAAUGGCCAGGAAGCUCUUGAGGAGAGUCCGCGAGAAUUUCGUUGGGACGUUGAAGUUAUCGAUGAGGACAAGGAGAAUAAUUCAAGCGUCCGGAAGGAAACUGAGAAUAUCUAUGCGAAUAGCAGGGUAGCAAGAGGUGCUGAGAAUCCCACCGUGAGGCUGGUUCUGGAAGAAAAUCGACGAAUAACGCAUGAGCAGCAUUUCCAGGAUGUUCGGCUCAUUAGCUUCAAAAUGAUCAAUCCAAUUGCAUGGCGACCAGGUGAUGUACUUGUCCUGCGUCCAUGCAACGGAGAGGAUCGCGUCAAGGGGCUCUUCAGCCUCUUCCAGGAUCACAAUCUUCCCUUUCUCCCAGAAACAGUUCUGGAAAUCCGGGAAGUUGAUUCAGAAAUGCCAGUUCCUGACUUCCUGCAAGCUCCGAUCUCUCUAAGAUCUCUUGCAACGCAGUAUUGGGACCUCAAUGCAAUCCCACGUCCACGUGCCUUUGCUCUUUUGGCUAGAAAUUGCAAAAAUGAUCUAGAAAAGGAGAAAUUGCUCGAAUUGGCUUCACCAGCUGGCCAGGAGGAUCUCUUUGCCUAUGCCAAUCGUCCUCGUCGAACAAUUCUAGAGGUUCUUCAGGACUUUCCUCAUGCCACAUCACAACUCACACUGGAAAUCCUUAUGGAACUGUUCCAGCCCAUUAAGCCAAGAUCAUUCUCAAUUGCCUCCUGUCCGGAAGUUGGACGGCUACAGUUGCUAGUGGCUGUUGUGGAGUAUCGAAGUAUUUUAUCCACACCCCGGAGGGGUUUGUGCUCCACGUGGCUGAAGAAAUUACCCGUGGGAGAAAAAGUUAUCGGAUGGCUGAAGAAAGGAACGCUGAAAUUGCCAGCACAGCCUUCAAAACCUCUGGUGAUGGUGGGUCCAGGAACGGGAUUGGCGCCAUUCCGCAGUGUUCUGCUGCAGAAGGAAUCAAAAUACGUGGAUGAGGAAUCAGGGAGGUGUGUGCUGUUCUUUGGAUGCCGCAAUCGUCAGGGAGACUUUCACUGUGAAGAAGAACUCAAGAGGAUGGAAGGAAUUGGAGUGCUCAAACUCAUCACGGCUUUCUCCAGGGAUCAAGAGGAGAAAAUUUACGUCCAGCACAGGAUUAAGGAGAAUGGAGAUCUUCUGAGGACUCUUCUCAUAGAACAAGACGGUUAUUUCCUGGUAGCAGGAAGCUCCAAAAACAUGCCCCAGUCUGUCAAAGAGGCUCUAAAUGUGGUCAUUGGAGAGGAAAAUGUGCAGAAAAUGCUCACAACAGGACGAUAUCAGGAAGAAACGUGGUCUUAGAUUUUUCUUUUUGAAUAAAUUUAUUCGAGAAAA